UAUUAUCCUUGGCUGGGAUUGAUUGGUGAAUUAUGACAGUUUUGACAAUUCUUUUUGCAAAAAACCGGUAGUUGUCAUUCCGCGAUUGUCACCAAACCCUCAUUUUUGGUUUAGGAACCCAUUUUUGGGUUUGUUUUUCAAAACUGAAUAUAAAAAAUACUAGGACUAGAAAUAUAUAAACGUUAAAAAUGCCCUUAUCGUGUCGAUUCUAUAAAGAAAAGUACCCCGAAGUGGAGGAUGUGGUGAUGGUCAACGUGAGGGCCAUCGCCGAAAUGGGGGCCUACGUACAUUUACUAGAAUACAACAAUAUAGAGGGUAUGAUAUUGCUUUCGGAAUUGUCCAGGAGACGUAUACGUUCCAUAAACAAACUUAUACGAGUGGGGAAGACCGAACCCGUUGUAGUUAUUAGGGUAGAUAAAGAAAAAGGAUAUAUUGAUUUAUCCAAAAGAAGAGUCAGCGGUGAAGACGUAGAAAAAUGCACAGAAAGGUUCGCCAAAGCCAAAGCUGUCAACUCGAUCUUGAGACACGUGGCGGAAUUGUUAAAGUACGAAACUGACGAACAACUAGAAGAACUUUAUCAAAAAACCGCCUGGCACUUUGAGGAGAAAUACAAGAAGAAUAAGGCGUCGGCUUAUGAUUUUUUUAAACAAGCUGUAGCUGACCCAAGCAUAUUGGCUGAAUGUGGCUUGGACGAGAAAACAAAAGAAGUCCUUUUGAGUAAUAUUAAACGUAAACUCACUUCUCAAGCUGUCAAAAUCCGUGCUGACAUUGAAUGUGCAUGCUACGGCUACGAAGGCAUUGAUGCUGUUAAGGCCGCCCUCAAAUCCGGCUUAGAUUUAUCUACUGAAGAAUUGCCCAUUAAGAUUAAUCUUAUAGCUCCGCCCUUGUACGUAAUGACCACUUCGACUCCAGAAAAAACUGACGGUCUACGAGUAUUAAACGAAGCGAUUGAAGUAAUUAGGAAAACAAUCGGCGAAUUGGGCGGUGUGUUUGAUAUCCAAAUGGCACCUAAAGUUGUGACAGCUACAGAUGAAGCUGACUUGGCUAAACAAAUGGAGAGAGCUGAGAUGGAGAAUACUGAAGUUGCUGGCGACGAUGAUGACGAGGAAGACGAUGAAGGUCAAGUUUACAGUGAAGGCGAAGAAAAUGGGGAAAAUGGUGGUGACGGAGGCAACACCGACGAAGACGACUAAAACAAUCUUUGAAAGACAAAAAAAGAAUCUUAAUCACUAGGCAAUUAAAAAAAAAACAGUUUUAUUGAAUACAUUAUAAGUUUAAUUGGAUUUUUAACUCAAUACUUUUAUAUUUCCAUAAUAAUAGCAAUGGUGAUUUCUUUUUAUAGAACAAUAAAGUAUCU